AUGGCGAAACUGGAGGUGGUUGCCGAGGAAGAUGCUGAACUUAAUCAGCAGGGAAAACCUGCCAUAAACAAAUUGAAGAAGUUAUCCCUUCUCACAGAUGUCCUAUCAAAAAAACAACUCCAGCAAGAAUUUCUGGAUCAUGGAGUUUUGACUCUCCUGAAGAACUGGCUCGAGCCUCUACCUGAUGGGAGUUUGCCAAACAUCAACAUCCGUGCUGCAGUUCUCAGGAUUCUGUUCGAUGUCAUUAUGUUUUUGUCGAAGUCAGAUGAGGAGACUACAGACAACCGAAAACUUGCUAGAGAAUUGGUUCACAAAUGGAGCACAAGGUUUGAGGAGAUGAAGAACUUUGAGGAUGAAAGAGUUAUGAGGCGGCCUACUCUCAAAAAGGUGAUGAGUAAAGGAUCAGGAAUGCCGUCUGCAGACUAUGACAUUGAUUUAUCAAAAGAAUCUCCCAAGGGGUUAAAAUCUGCCCAUUCAUCUUCUAAUCAGCAUGCUUCUAGGCCAGAAGCAAUGUUGAUGGAUUUUUUGGUCCGUCCUCAGUCCAAGGUUGAUCCAGAUGUAGUGAGAGCUCGGGCUAAACAAGUGGUACAAGAUCAGCAUCGUGCGAAGAUGAACACAAAGCUGCAGCAGGUACAGGCUACAAAGCUUAGUGUUGAAGGUCGUGGUAUGUUGAAAUAUCUCUAG